AUGUCUAAGGUCAAUGUUGUAGUCACAGCACAUUUUCUCUCUCCGUCUCUUUCUCUCUCUUUCAUCCUGUUUUCUUUUUCCUUCUCCUUGCUCCAAAAAUGGCGAAGCUUCCCUGAUCUAUGUACGUGUAAAGGUUCAAACUUGUUCAAACCAUAUCCGGGUCAUCAUUUCCCCCCAAUUAACCGGUUGAAUCAAACGGAUUUCUCCGGUUUAGAAACAAUUUCCGAUCUCAUAACACUGCUAACAGGUCAAAUUAUUCUUCUCUUAGAUUAA